AUGACAUCGACGGGGAAGGACGGCGGCGGGGCGCAGCACGCGCAGUAUGUGGGGCCCUACCGGCUGGAGAAGACGCUGGGCAAGGGGCAGACAGGCCUCGUGAAGCUGGGGAUUCACUGUGUCACGUGUCAGAAGGUUGCCGUCAAGAUUGUCAACCGGGAGAAGCUCAGCGAGUCCGUAUUAAUGAAGGUGGAGCGGGAGAUCGCCAUCCUGAAGCUGAUCGAGCACCCCCACGUCCUCAAGCUGCACGAUGUCUACGAAAACAAAAAAUAUUUAUACCUGGUGCUAGAACACGUGUCUGGUGGAGAGCUCUUUGACUACCUUGUCAAGAAGGGGAGGCUGACCCCCAAAGAGGCCCGGAAGUUCUUCCGGCAGAUCAUCUCCGCACUGGACUUCUGCCACAGCCACUCCAUAUGCCACAGGGACCUGAAACCAGAAAACCUGUUGCUGGACGAGAAGAACAACAUCCGGAUCGCAGACUUCGGCAUGGCAUCGCUGCAGGUUGGCGACAGCCUGCUGGAGACCAGCUGCGGGUCCCCCCACUACGCCUGCCCAGAGGUGAUCCGGGGGGAGAAGUACGACGGCCGCAAGGCAGACGUGUGGAGCUGCGGAGUCAUUCUGUUCGCCCUGCUGGUGGGGGCGCUGCCCUUCGACGACGACAACCUGCGGCAGCUGCUGGAGAAGGUGAAGCGGGGCGUGUUCCACAUGCCGCAUUUCAUCCCGCCCGACUGCCAGAGCCUGCUACGCGGCAUGAUCGAGGUGGACGCCGCGCGCCGCCUCACGCUAGAGCACAUUCAGAAACACAUAUGGUAUAUAGGAGGCAAGAACGAGCCGGAGCCGGAGCAGCCCAUCCCCCGCAAGGUGCAGAUCCGCUCGCUGCCCAGCCUGGAGGACAUCGACCCCGACGUGCUGGACAGCAUGCACUCGCUGGGCUGCUUCCGGGACCGCAACAAGCUGCUGCAGGAUCUGCUGUCAGAGGAGGAAAACCAGGAGAAGAUGAUUUAUUUCCUCCUACUGGACCGGAAAGAAAGGUAUCCGAGCCAUGAGGACGAGGACCUGCCGCCCAGGAAUGAGAUAGACCCUCCCCGGAAGCGUGUGGACUCCCCGAUGCUGAACCGGCACGGCAAGCGGCGGCCUGAGCGCAAGUCCAUGGAGGUGCUGAGCGUGACGGACGGCGGCUCCCCGGUGCCUGCGCGGCGGGCCAUCGAGAUGGCCCAGCACGGCCAGAGGUCUAGGUCCAUCAGCGGCGCCUCCUCAGGCCUUUCCACCAGCCCACUCAGCAGCCCCCGGGUGACCCCUCACCCCUCUCCAAGGGGCAGUCCCCUCCCCACCCCCAAGGGGACACCUGUGCACACGCCCAAGGAGAGCCCGGCCGGCACGCCCACCCCCACACCACCGUCCAGCCCCAGCGUGGGCGGAGUGCCCUGGAGAACACGGCUCAACUCCAUCAAGAACAGCUUCCUGGGGUCGCCCCGCUUCCACCGCCGGAAACUGCAGGUUCCAACGCCCGAGGAGAUGUCCAACCUGACCCCGGAGUCAUCCCCAGAGCUCGCCAAGAAGUCCUGGUUUGGGAACUUUAUCAACCUGGAGAAGGAGGAGCAGAUCUUUGUGGUCAUCAAGGACAAGCCACUGAGCUCGAUCAAAGCCGACAUCGUGCAUGCCUUCCUGUCGAUCCCCAGCCUCAGCCACAGCGUGGUCUCGCAGACGAGCUUCCGGGCUGAAUACAAGGCGGCGGGUGGCCCGGCGGUGUUCCAGAAGCCGGUCAAGUUCCAGGUGGACAUCACCUACACUGAGGGCGGGGCAGCGCAGAAAGAGAACGGCAUCUACUCUGUCACGUUCACGCUGCUGUCAGGCCCGAGCCGCCGCUUCAAGAGGGUUGUGGAGACCAUUCAGACCCAGCUGCUGAGCACACACGGCCAGCCCUCUGCCCAGCACUUGUCAGACACCACUAACUGUAUGGAGGUGAUGACGGGGAGGCUUUCCAAAUGUGGCAGCCCAUUGAGUAACUUCUUUGACGUAAUUAAACAACUUUUUUCAGACGAGAAGAACGGGCAGGCGGCCCAGGCCCCCAGCACGCCCGCCAAGCGGAGUGCCCACGGCCCACUCGGGGACUCCGCGGCCGCUGGCCCCGGCCCUGGAGGGGACGCCGAGCACCCAGCGGGCAAGGACACGGCCAGGAUGGGGCCGCCCGCCGCCCGCCGAGAGCAGCCUUAGACACAUAGCCCCCUCCCCCGCAUGGCCCUGACCGUGGCCCCCGGGCCGCCUCGCCGCCCGCCUGUCCACUGACCGCCCGGUGUGGACCCGGGGCCGCGCCUGUCUGUCUGUCUAGACUGUCAUGAAGCCGGGGAGGAGAGGAAAGGAAAGGAAAGGGGGCCCUGAGGGCCCCAGCCGUGCCUGGGCCGCCCGUGCCCGCUCUCUCUUUCUCUCGCUGUCUCUGUCUCUGCCUGUCUCUGACAACGCCACUGUUUCCGCUCUGAUACCAGGAAUUAUCCCGAAAAGUUAACAUGUCACCUCCACGAGGCUGUCCUCCGUGCUCUGCACUGGACCCCGGCUGACCGAAGGCAGCUGCCGCGGACCUGCCCUCUCCUCUCCUGCCGCUGCCGCCCGCCCGCGCGGCCGCUCUGCCCGGUUUCAGCUCCGCAUGGCCACGGGGAGGAGGAUCCGACCCCGAGGGGACGCCGCCUUGGGCCCGCCCGACUGGACGCGCGGGGAUCAGCACCCUCGGUGGGUCCAGCCAGCCUCCGGGGCGGGCCCGAGGGGGCGAAGCUGCCAUCAGGCUCAGCCUCUCCUUGGCACGUCCCCUGCCUGCUGCUCCCUCCUCGUCCACGUCCGCGCGUCUUGGCGCCACCCACCUGCCUCGCCGCAUCCCACCCCCAGCUCCCCGGGGCUGCAGGUGGAGAGGGACCCCGGGGGCCCCGCAGCACCUGCCCCAGGGCUGGCCGAGAUCAGUAUUAUUUAUUUGCUGUUUUAACUGAUUGAGUUUCUCUACGUCUCUGUUCAGGGAAGGGGCAGCAGCAGCGCCGUCCUGCCGUCUGUGUGUGUGUCUUGCGCAGGGUGGGGGUCUGGGCUGAGGUGCCCGUGGACAGAGUCAUCGGGGUGCUGGGGCGGCGGGGGCAGCCGGCCGAAGCAGCGCUGGCAAGCUACUGUAAACUUUAAAGAAUUCCUGCAAGAUAUUUUUAUAAACUUUUUUCCUUGGUUGUUUUUGGAGAAGGGUGUUGGGGGCCACGGGGCAGGGCUAGGCUGAGUUCAGUUCUUUCUAUACACACAUAUAAAUAUAUUUAGAGAACGGCGCGGUUCACUCUGUCCCAGGUUCUGUCCCGUUACCGUGGAGACGCAACUCCAGUCCUGUGGGGGCCGGGCACCACCAGGGCCCCCCCGCCAGGCCCAGGCUCGGGACCAUCUUAGUUUUGUGUCCGAGUGUGGGGCAGGAGGAAGGCCCAAGCUGGCCCCCUACACACAACACACAAGAUGGCAGGGCCACUGCAGGAGUUUUUUACUAAAAUGACAAAAAAUUAAAAAAAAAAACACAAAAACAUGAAAGGACAAAGAGAAAGGCAGCGGCAUCCUCUGCGGUGUGCUCUCCGUCCCGGCGGGGCCGCGGGCGGGGCGGGAGGCAGGUGUGAUUGCAUGCCCUCGCUGUGACAAGUCCACUUAGCAUCCGGCCUGCCGCCUCUCCCGUUGUGGAUAGAUUUUAACGCUUCUGUUCCAUUGACCCCCCCCCACCCCCCGCCACAGGCUGGGAUUUCAAUACAUAACAGAAAAAUGGAACACCUAUAACAGCAAAAGCCACGCAGUACAAGCUGGGGCGGGGGGGUUGGGGGGGGGGGGGUGGUGGCUUCUCCAGAGACAGAGGACCGGAAAGCAAUACCUCUCGUUAGCCUUCCUCUUUUGUACUCGGGACACACACUGAUGUCACGGAAACGGACGAGCCCCACCCCGUGUAUCCCCUGUCAAAUAACUGUGAGCAACUUUAGUUCCAAACAAUAAAUUCCUUCAGUAAAGACACCCA